GGGAACAAGUGGUCGUCUACAAAGUGGUUGCGUGUACACGAGUACAGGGUCUGAGGCAUGAUCGAGAAAGAAAGAAAGAAGAGAGAUAUGUCAGAUUCAUAUUCUUUGUCUCCUCUGUCCCUCCUUCAUCGGAUUAAAGAUUCCUUCCAUUCCGCCAUCUCUGCCCUCCUCGCCAGCCUCUUCUCCGCUCUUUUCACCUUCUUCUUCGCUUUAGUGGGGACUCUGCUAGGAGCAUUGACUGGUGCUUUGAUCGGCCAAGAAACUGAGAGCGGAUUCAUCAGAGGCGCCGCCGUUGGUGCUAUCUCUGGCGCUGUCUUCUCCAUCGAAGUCUUUGAAUCUUCCCUCCUCCUCUGGCAAUCCGAUGAGUCUGGGAUUGGAUGCCUUCUCUACUUGAUUGAUGUCCUUGCUAGCCUUCUCAGCGGGAGGCUUGUUCGUGAGCGUAUCGGUCCUGCCAUGCUAAGUGCCGUCCAGAGUCAGAUGGGAGCUGCGGAGUCUCACUUCCAAGAGCAUACAGACAUCUUUGACACGGCCAUUUCAAAGGGUCUCACUAGGGACUCUCUCGCCAGGAUUCCAAAGGUCCGAAUCACUGACACCCCUGGGGACACGCUCUCUUGCUCUGUCUGCCUUCAGGACUUUCAGGUGGGAGAGACCGUUAGAAGUUUGCCGCAGUGCCAUCAUAUGUUCCACCUACCAUGCAUCGACAAAUGGCUUCGCAGGCAUGCUUCUUGUCCCUUGUGCAGAAGACAUCUUUGAAUUUGAAUUUAAGAAACCUCUCUUUUCUUCUCUUCUUUUGUACAUGAGUUAUAGGCCCGUACACAUACAUACACACACACACACACACACUAGUGUAGUGUUCAUUUGAUUGUUUAGAUUACUCCUACAGAUUUUGAUGCACCAAUCAUUGUAACUUUUUACUCGUCUCUUGGAUGGAGAUCAUGCCUAUUUAUCUUAUUCAUUCUUUGAUUUGGGUUCA